UUAGAGCAGUGGAGUUGGAUCGUUGAAUUGAAGUUCUGUUUGAUGAUAAAAAAAGAAGGAUAAAAAAAAUGUCAGAAGUGGGAUUUGAACCCACGCCCUCGUUAGAGGACCAGAACUUGAGUCUGGCGCGUUAGACCACUCCGCCAUCCUGACUUGUUGUUAAGUUUACACGCAUGCUAUUAUCUGACCAUAAAAAUAUUGUGCAGCCUAUUGAGCAGCCUGAUCCAAUCUAAUAUCCAGAACCUCAAGCCUCGACCACAAACAAGAACUUGGAAACAAAAACGAUAAGCUUCAUUGCUCUUCUUCUUCUUCUUGCUCCUGCCAUUACGAACAAUUUUAGCUCAAAAACACAAAGCAUGUUCUUACUGAAACCCUGUAGAACACAUUAUCAAACACCGAUUCUCUCAAACCAUCCUCAUGAGCUUCAGAAGCUAACAAAAACACAGACUUCCCAUUUUGUGCCAUCGAAAACUUUGUACCCCCACAGAAGAAAGCUUAGUUUCAGUCGAUGUAGUAGUAAUGGACAACAAGGAGAAGGCGGCAGCAGCGAGAGGAAGCCAUUCUUGACUUUAGAGGAAGCUGGUCUAGUAGAAAUCUCAGGCCUCAGCACCCACGAGAGGUUUCUAUGUCGCCUAACGAUAUCGUCGUUAAAUCUCCUAAGGGUGAUAUCGGAGCAAGAAGGAUGCACAAUUGAGGAGCUAAAUGCAGGGAGGAUAUGUGACUGGUUUAUGAAAGACAAGCUCAAAAGAGAGCAGAGUAUAGGCUCUGCUGUUCUUCAAUGGGAUGAUUCCCAGCCUUUUUAAUUACUUGGACAAUUAAUUAGUUUAUGUGGUAAAACCAGUAAUUAGAAACGACCAUGACAUUUGGAAUGUUCAGCUAUCUUGGAUUUUGUUGGAAGUAUAUGCUUGUGUGAAAUUCAAAAUUGUAUAUCCUUGAAUUAUAGUUCCCAUUUGAAGGAUUAGCCAUUUGUUUAACUAACCAGAACAUUCUUGGAUUAUUCAAAUUUGAAGUCAAUGUUGCCCUUAUUGCCAAGGCAAU